AAUUUUAAAGAAAAUGAGAAUCUUAAAGAAAAUGAGAAUCUUAAAGAAAAUGAGAAUUUUAAAGAAAAUGAGAAUUUUAAAGAAAAUGAGAAAUUUAAAGAAAAUGAGAAUUUUAAAGAAAACGAGAAUUUUAAAGAACGGCCUAAUAAUAUUGUGACCCCAUCAAAUU